AUGCCUUCCUACAUUGUUACCUGCAAGGACGGCGCCUCCCCUGAAGAUGUUGAGGAUGCAAAGAACAAAGCUAGAGAGCAGGGAGGCACCAUCGGUCACGAGUACUCGCUCAUCAAGGGGUUUCAAGUCACCUUCCCCAAUGAUGUAGUGCAUACUCUCGAUCAGGACGAGAACGUGAAGGCGGUCGAGGCCGAUGGCGAGGUCUCGACGCAGGCGGUAGUUUGA